AUGUCGAUUACCUCUCUGGCAGCCAUACUUGGCCUGGCCCUCGUUCUAUACAAAUGCAUCAUUUACCCGGCCUUCUUAUCACCGCUGGCAAAAAUUCCAAAUGCGCACUGGAGUGUUCCUAUCUCGCCAUUAUGGAUGCUUUGGAGGCGAUUCACGAUGAGAAACAAUCGGACUAUCCAGGCAGAACAUGAACGGCUUGGUCCCCUUAUUCGACUUGGGCCGUCUGAGCUUUCGAUUAAUUGUGUUGAUGGCGGUAUCAAGUCUGUGUAUACUGGUGGAUUUGAAAAACACGAAUGGUAUCCUCGUGUUUUCGGCUCCCUAGGAACUGUGAGCAUGUUCACAAUGGUGGACACAAAGACUCAUUCUACGCGCAAGCGCAUGCUAAGCAAUAUUUACUCCAAAUCUACCUUGCAAAGCUCUCCUCAUUUGCGAGCAGUUUCUCAAGCGAUUGUCUUUGAUCGUUUGCUCCCUAUCAUCCAGGAGUCUGUGACUGCAGAUAAGCCGCUAGACGUCCAUGAUCUGAACAUGGGUCUUACAUUGGACUUCGUAUCGGCUUAUCUUUUUGGUCUACGCAAUGGCACGGAUCAUCUUCAGAAUCAUGCAUUCCGCAAGCACUGGCUACACUUGUAUCUCUGUCGCAAGCCAUACGAGUUCUAUCACCAGGAAAUGCCUUACCUGGCUGGAUGGUUGAAUUGUAUAGGAUAUCGCAUUAUCCCGAAAUUCUGUGACUCUGCGAAUGGAAUGCUUGAUGCAUGGGUCUUGGAUCUCUGUGCUAAGGCAGUGGCUUCGUUAGAUUCUACUGAUCCAGCUAUCGAACCUAUCGUAUACAAGCAAUUGAAACAGGGUCUAGACAAGCAAUCUGCUAAAGAGAAUGACUCGAAACCAGAUCUGAAGCAACAGAAUAUCGAUAUUGCUUGUGAGAUGUAUGAUCAAUUAACAGCAGGGUUCGAGACCAGCGCUGUUGGAUUGACGUACUUAUUCUGGCAGUUAUCUCGACACCCGGAAAUUCAAGAACAGCUGCGUCAGGAAUUACUUUCUCUUAGCCCGCCUAUUUCAUUCCCGCAAUCAAAUGAACUACCCUCACCCAAGUCCAUUGAUAACUUGCCUCUACUCGAUGCUAUCGUCACAGAGACAUUGAGGCUUCAUGCUCCGAUCCCAGGAAUCCAACCUCGCGUCACGCCCGAACCUUCUUGUUCCCUAGCUGGGUAUGAUGACAUUCCACCGAAUAUUCGAAUCAAUGCCCAGGCAUACUCUUUGCAUCGGAAUCCAGAUGUCUUCCCCAAUCCGGAGUCCUGGGAACCGAAGAGAUGGCUGAAACAAGAGAAUUCCACGGCAGAACUUGAAGAGCGGCGUCGGUGGUUCUGGGCUUUCGGGAGUGGAGGACGGAUGUGUGUGGGAAGUAACCUUGCUUUACAGGAAACGAAAUUGGCCGUCGCUGCGAUCUACUCCAACUUCCGUACUACCAUCGUGGAUGAUACGGAUAUCGAAGCGAUUGAUGCGUAUACCGUGCAUCCGAAGGCCGAGAAACUGAUGCUGAAGUUCCAUGCCAUUCAAUAG